UUCCCAAGAAGCAAACAAAGAAAUAGCCACCAUGUUCAAAUACGCCGUUGUUGUCCUCGCUCUCGUUGCCUGUGCUGCUGCCAAGCCAGGACUUCUGGGUGCUCCUUUGGCCUACACUUCUCCACUGGCCUACACUGCUCCUCUGGCAUACUCUGCUCCAGUUGUGACUGCCACCAGCAGCCAGGUGAUCGCCAGGAACUUCAAUGGAAUCGCAGCUGCUCCAGUGAUUGCUCCCGUGGCUGCUCCCGUGGUUGCCAAGUACGCAGCUGCUCCUCUGGCGGCUCCUUUGACCUACUCCUCCCCACUGGCGUACUCAUCUCCCCUGGCCUACUCCUCACCUUUGGCCUACAGUGCCCUGCCAGCUGCUCCAGUUCUUGUCUAA